GUGCUGGAAUGGGGCUGUGUGGCAGGGGGUUGUUGAUGGGUCGUUUUCCAACAAGGGAUCUAAUAUUAUCCCCGGGGAAAGAACACGACUGGACUCGAUGACCUAGUCCAACCGCACAAACUCCUCUGGACCCUGCAGUUACCUGCCAGAUAGCUUUCCUUUUUUGUGCUGGUGUGUGUGUGUGUGUGUCCAGCUUCCACUUGGUGUUUUGAUUAAGAAGUUGCAGGUGAGUCAUUCAUGCGGUCUUAAGAUCCAUAAGAGGAUGACUAAGAGCUCUCGGGCCCAACCAGUGGAUGACGAGCUGCACUGAUGCUAAACACAGCCUGGCGAUCACCCACCUGGGAGAGAAAGCAGGAUGUGUCAGUCCGAGGACCCAGAGAGGUCACAUGGGGUCGCCAGCACUGACCCUCUGGUGAGAGAGGCCUACCUGAUGGCCCACGACUACAUCGACUACGUCACCGCCGGGUCAGACGGCCCCGUGGCUCCGCCCCCCACCUCCUGCGCCGCGGCCCUGCGUCACGCCGGCGACGAGCUCCUCGUCCGCUUCCCCAUCUUCUUCAGGCGCUGGCCGCGCGUCUUCCAGGAUGUGACCUCGGCCUCGGCCUGCCCCAUGCUCAUGGCUAUCCUGGACGAGCACUUUGCCCCCACGACCUCUGGGGGGCGCCGGAGAGAGCUGGCCUGGAGCGCAGUGUUGUCGGUCUAUGUGCUGGCCGGCCAGAUGGCCCUGCACUGCCGUGACAGGGGCAUGGUGACGGUCCUGCCCCAGCUGAAGGAGUGUGUGGGCAGCUACGUGGAGAGGGUGAUCUGCCCGGAGAUAAGAGACAGGGGUGGCUGGAGUGGCUUUGUGACUCGCUUCGGCCAGAAGCAGAACUUGGAGGGUCAGGUGAAGAAAGUGUGUUGUUGGACACUUCUCCUGUUGGCCACAAGUAUCCUCUCCUACUUCCUGUGGAAAAGAAGAAUGUCUUAAACAACAGCGCCACCCAGUGAUCAGCAUGAGUCAUGUUCAAAACAUUUGCAGUAGAUGUAGUUAUUUUCUAGAAGGAUCAAGAGAUUUGUUUUCCGCACGAGGUUGUCAUGAAUUUGUUGAAAUAAAAUUUACAUGAUA